AUGAUUCUCUCUGCGUUUGCGGUUAUCAUUCUCCUGCCAAUUGCCAUCGCCAGCAGUGGCGUGCACAAGCUCAAACUUCAUAAGGUUCCUCGAGGAAUUGUUGACUCAGUUAUAGAGUCUGCCUACUUGUCGGAGAAGUAUCGUGGACAGGCCCAACUACCGUUAACGGGCACAGAUGGCCCGAGUCACCAGCCUGGUCCAAUCAGUGAUAAGAUAGCAAAUGGCGGGCAUAAAGUCCCGCUCAGUGACUUCAUGAAUGUCCAAUACUUCACGAAUGUCACUCUCGGUUCUCCUCCUCAAGAGUUCAGGGUUAUUCUGGAUACAGGUAGUUCAAAUCUAUGGGUCCCCAGCACCAAAUGCAGGUCCUUCGGAUGUUCCAUGCAUGCGAAGUAUAAUUCUUCUGCAUCGUCAACGUAUCAGGAGAAUGGGACGGACAUCCAUAUCACAUAUGGCUCUGGCUCCAUGGAAGGAUUCGUCUCAAAGGAUGUUGUCACCAUCGGCGACCUCAAAAUCGAUGGACAGGACUUUGCCGAAGCGACGAAAGAUCCGGGUCCAGCAUUUGCGUUUGGAAAGUUUGACGGAAUCUUCGGGCUCGGCUAUGAUACUAUUUCCAUCAAUCACAUUACGCCCCCUUUCUACAGCAUGGUCAACCAGGGAUUACUUGGCGCACCUAUCUUUUCUUUCCGGUUCGGUUCAUCGGAGGAUGACGGCGGUGAAGCAACCUUUGGCGGUAUUGAUGAAUCGGCAUACACAGGGGAGAUCAACUAUGCUCCUGUUCGUAGCCGGGAACACUGGGAAGUCGAACUUCCUAAAUAUGCCUUUGGUGAUAAUGAGUUCAUUCUUGAAAAUACUGGCGGCGUGAUCGACACUGGGACCUCCCUCAUCAAUUUGCCUGUCGACGUUGCAGAGAAGCUGAAUGCCCAGAUUGGUGCGAAGAAGUCCAGGACUGGGCAAUACACAGUUGACUGCAAGAAAGUCCCCGAAUUUCCCGAAUUCACUCUCUGGUUCAAUGGGCAGGCCUAUCCUCUCAAGGGAAGCGACUAUAUUAUCGAAAGCCAGGGUUUGUGCACCAGUUCCUUCACUGGUAUCAAUAUCAAUGGACCUGGUGGCGCACUCUGGAUCAUUGGCGAUGUUUUCCUGCGCCGCUACUAUACGGUAUUUGAUCUUGGAAACGAUGCUAUCGGUUUUGCGAAAUCGAAAUAA